AGUCGGCUGCCCCAACCGAUCCACUAAAUUCGUCAGCUUGCUUAGCCGCGUCGCGCUCUCUGUUUGAUUUGAUCGUCUCCUUCUCCGACUGCUCCCGCCCGAUCGACGCCGUCCACGCGCCACCCGCCAUCGCCGCCAUAUAUAUCCCGCACGUCUUGUUGAAUUCACCUCAGCUUUCUCCUCCGGUUUCUUUGUUAAUUGUUGGCCGGACAGUUUAAUUAGCGGCGGCGAUCAGACGACGACGACGACGAUGGGAGGGGCCAAGGAUGAGAAGGAUAGAGGGCUCUUCUCCAACCUGAUGCACGGCGUCGCCGGCGGCGGCGGAUAUGGGUAUCCUCCUCAGCAGGGGUACUAUCCGCCGCCGCCCACGGCGUAUCCUCCUCCUCCGACUGGCUAUGGCUAUGGCUAUCCUCCCGCAGGCUACCCCGGCUCAUCCGCGCCACACCAAGGUUACGGGAGCAGCCAUGGCGGAGGGAACAUGGGGCCGAUGCUAGCAGCAGGUGCGGCCGCCGCCGCCGCGGCGUACGGCGCGCACAAGCUUUCCCACGGCCACGGCCAUGGAGGUUACGGCCACGGCGGCGGCUUCUUCGGCGGUCACCACGGCCACGGCUGUGGCUUCUUCGGCGGCCAUCACGGCCACGGCGGCGGCUUCUUCGGCGGUCACCACGGCCACGGCGGACACCAUGGCGGCUUCUUUGGCGGUCACCACGGGUUUGGAGGCCACCACGGUCACCAUGGCCACCAUUAACGGUGAUCACCGUGCAGCAAGUGCGAGUGAUAGAUAUCUGAUCUUGGGUUUGCAGAAUAUAAUUUUGAUUGCACUAAACUCGAUAUGUAUAUUAUCUUUUUUAGAUAGUGUGAUGUGUAUAUUAACAGCUUAAUUACUACUCCAGUUCGUGUCUUGAGACUCUUUUGAGUAACAACAUGGUUUGAUGGUUAGUAAGUUGUGCCAAUCGCAAUCAGUGUUUGAUGUCCCCAUGUUUUCCUGUGCUCAUACUCCAUGUUUUGGUCUGUCAAGAGAGAAUUUUGGUCAUGCUCUUUUCU